AUGGGUCGCCCAAAGCGUAAUGCGCUCGCGGCAGCCACAGAGUCGACUACACCACCGGAUGAACUUUCUGCCACCCAGUCGCUCGCGUGUGUAGUCAAAGCGGAAGGUAAUAACCUCUACAGCUGCUCUCUGCCAGAUAAGCGCACAGUCCUUGUGGAGCUCGCAGACCGCUUUCGCAAUACCAUCUGGGUCAAACGAGGCGGUUACGUCCUUGUCGACCUCCGUCCCACCGAUGAUGUGAAGGAAAGAGUUGACGGCGAAAUUGUCAACGUCGUGCGAGAGGAGAAACUAUGGCGAAAGCAGAGAUACUGGCCCAAGGAGUUCGCCCAAGUAGUCUAUUCCGACGAGGAGGAGGAAGAAUCCAACGUUGGGAAAAUGCCGCCGUCUGAUUCCGAGGACGAUGAGUAG